UUUAAAUUAUGGCGAUAUAACAGUUGAAACGAAUAUGAUCGCAAAUUCUAAACCACACAAAAACACCAAUCUAUGAUCCCAUCACUUUCUCAACCCAAUCCUUUCAAAAUCACUCUACUUAUAAACAUUUGAUAUAUCUCACUUGGUCUUUUCCAUACUUGUCAUUCACAAACCUAUUCAUACCCAUCAACCAUUUUCAAAAAUCUACUAUACCAACAUGCUAGCACCGGAUGCACCAAUCUCCUACACGACCGAAGAAGAAGAUCGUUUAACGCUUAAAAUGAUGAAAAACAAGUUAGAAGAUGGCGAGCUAGGGGUGUUUGGAGCCGAGAAGUACUUCAAAGGAGUAAUAGAUGAAGAACUUGUAAAAACAUCCAAUACUGGUGGUCGGUACUGUCCAUACCGACCACCAGAAAAACAUGAAGAGCCAUGCGCGGUACCUAAACCGAAAAACCCAUCAAGUGUUCGCUCAGAAUCGAGCAUGAAUAGCAGGAAAGGUUUAUUGGUUAAUAAUGGGCCUAAUGGCAACAACCAUAGUAAGAAAACUAGUGUCAAAAGCUUGUUAGCGAGUCUCGGUUGCAAAUGUAGGGACAAAGGCUCGGUUAAGGUUAGAGAAGCCAAACAGCCCGUUAAAGACGUUGAUUCGGGCCAAAACACAAAGCCCGUUUCGAGCAAACGGGCUGAUGAGGAUGUUAACAUAAAAAGAGAAGAUUGUUUCACAUUCCCAGUGUUGAAUCCUCCAAUAGAGGAAAUUCUAGAUAGUUCUAGAAACGAGGGACAAACCGAUACAGGAAGUGAUGAAAGCUCGGAUUUAUUUGAAAUCGAGAGUUUCUCCACUAACGAAAAUAACUCGUUUCUUGCUGGACAAGCAAUGAAGAACAGCGCGUAUGCACCAAGUGAGGCGAGUGUCGCUUGGAGUGUCGCGACUGCCAGCGUGGCAGACUUUUCGACUCCAGAAGAUUUGGUAGUGACAAGAAAUGUGAAAGGUAAUUUGGGUAUUCUUUCGGGGUGUAAAAGCGUUAAAGCGGUGAGAAUCUCUGGUGAUGAACGAGGUAGUAAUGAGAAGGCGGGUGUUGUUGUGUCGAGCGCUAGGCGAGAGUGGUGCAACCGGUUGGAUUCGGACACACCGGUAGCGAAAAUACAGGCCGACACCAAGCUGAUAUGUGCGGGGUCUGGUUUGCAUAUAAGUCAAAAUGGGUUUGGCGUUGCUCGUCCAGUUCACAAGACACAUUCUAAACAUGCAUCAUCACAUCAUUUGUACUUGAAGUAGCGUUAAAAUAGUGUUUGGAUUUAUGUUUUGUAACCGAUUAAAUUAUUGUUACUUGUGUUGUGGUCAAUUUAACGUUUAGAUAAAUCAAUAAUGUUUCUAUUUAA